UGCGCUUUAAUUAGAGUCACCACCUAUGUAAAGUAAACGCCUUCUCUCAAACGCAUCAGCCUCUCCUUCCUUCUUUCUAAUGCUGGAGCAUAUGGGAGAGACUGACAUUGAGUUGAGAUAGCUUUUAGAGGGUUUAGUGUGUAUGUUGCCUUGCUUUGUGGCCCCUUGGUGGCUUAAUCGGCUAUUUAAAGCUUUUCACAUGUCAAGCGAGGACCUACAACACAGGAGGAAGAACAACUACAAGCUCCUGGUCGACCCCGAGCUCGUGAAGGGCAAAAAGAAGCUUUACAGGCUAAACGGAGCCAUACCUGGGAAGGCUCCAAUUCCUGAUCCAAAAGACCCAAGAGUUUUAAAAACGAUUCUUGGCGCUGAUGGAAGCAAUGUUGGACUGAGGGUGCCAAGAUUUAAGUAUGAUAAGUUCUGGACAGGCUCUCCUCCACUAAGAGAGAUAUUAAUCUCUGGCCUCAACGAGCUUUCCACCAAAGGGACUAUCAUUAAAGAUCUCUGCGAGACGGUGUCUCCAACUUUCUUUGUGAAGUUUCACAGGCAUUUAAAGUCGAGGGUUUUUCUUGGCAGUGCCACUGUGUCUUUUGUAAAGGCCGGCUGUGGAGAGAGAGCUGUUAAUGAGCUUAAUGGAGCUGUGGUCUGUGGGUCUAAGAUAGCUGUGGAGCUUGAUGAUAGAGGUGAUCUUGCUAAAGAGGUGUACACAAGCAAAGACAAUAGAAGAUUUAGUGUUGAUAGUUUCAAAUCAGACGUCACCACGCCUACCAUCAAACCAGACGACUCGGCAUUUUUUAAUAAUCACGAGAACAAUAGAGACGAUGCAUUUCAAAGCCCCACCUCCUUUCCCACCCACACUUCGUUUCAAAAAUUUAAUUUGAUUUCAAUGGUAAAGACCAAAUCACUCUCAUCAGUUGAAGGUUCGCCUCAUAUGAGUGGGUGUGGCUUGACCACGCCUACAGGUACCACGCCCAACUCUGGAAUAUCUACAAAGCAUGCAUUUGAUCCAAUCCUAGCAUUAAAGACUUGUCUGUUAGCGAAAAAGAACAAGGUUGCUUCAAUCCCUCCCCUUCCUCCGAAAGAAAAGGCUCCUCCCCUUCCCUCAGAAGCUCCACCCCCUCCACCAGAAGCCCCGCCCCCUCAGAUUGGACUGGAGGAGAUCAGCUCUGAGGACGAAGGACCUAAAAAGGUUGGGAAGACAUUUUUUGAAGAGAUUUCGGGCGAAGAGGGUUCUCCACUAGUGACUAGGCCCCAGCUUAUAGUGGAGGACAUAUCUAGUUGCGAGGAAGAUGGAGAGAGAGGGAAUGGAAGUGUUGAUAUGGACAUUUCUGAUACGGAACAAAAUAGCUCUCAAAUCAUUGAAAUUAAUGUUCGUCCUCUCACAGCCCCCGCCCCUCACUUCAUCCAGCCUCCUCUUCCACCUCCUCCCUUUCCUUCUCAAACCUUUUUGAACUAUCAGCUCUCCUCUGAAGGACCGAAAACUCCACCCUCGGAGGUCCGUGGCGAUUGCCUUGACAACGGUGGCUCCGCCCACCCAAGGACUCGCAAAAAUAAGUUCUCACCGGCAAAACAAUGGAAGGUUCCUUUGGCAGUGACUCGGGAAGAGAAGAGAGGGCAGGAUGUGCUUUAUUGUGCCUUGGAGCAGCUGUCAAGAAUAUUACUGAGGGACGUGGAGAAGAAACUGGUAGAGAGUUCUGCUUUUCCUGUACUUGAUGAAGUGUGGGAUAAGAAAGAGAGUCAAAGGUCUAAAGCCCUUGGAGAGGAGCCUAUGGAAACUGAAGAACGUGUCAAACCACAAGAGCCUUACCGUAGAAUGCUCCCAGGCCUUGUUCCUAAUAGGUCACGCCCACAAGAAGACGACGAGUCGACCACACCCAUCACUCCUAGAAAGAGGUUGAUGAACUUUAAGAUCCCGUUGGUGGGUAGCAUGUACAGGAGGGACAAUGUGAUGACUGCUACAAGGAGACUCCAUUUUAAUGAGAGGGGAGAGAGAGACAGGAGAAAGAGGAAAAAUCAUUAUUCCGAUGUGCUCCCUAGGAGAAAGAGGAGACACAGAAAGGAAGAUAAAGAUGAAAGGAGAAGCGAAUAUUCUCAACUCUCUGAUAUCAGCAGUGAGGAAUGGCCCAGCGACGAGGGGAGGAGGAGUAAGGACAGAGAUAAAAAGAAAAAGGAAAGAAAGGAGAAUGCAUUUGGUCCACGUACUCCAUCAGCAACUAGUGAAGAAGAAGAAGAAUUUAACAAACUACUCCAAGAGGAGGAGGAGGAGGAGGAGGGACAAGAGGAAGAGAAGGUUGACAGUGAUUCCAGUCUGGCAUUCAACGAGAUAUUUGGCUCUACGUCUUCAAGUGAUUUUGAGGCGGACAUUGCUUCACUGCGAAGGCCAAAGAAGGCUAUGAAACUUUCUGAGCCAGCGAUAAAGAAACCCUCUGACUUGAUAGAGUCCGAAUUGAUAGCCACGCCCCCAGUGAAAGAGGAUAAAGAGGAGAUGGAGAUUGAGAGAAUUGCCGAGUAUAAGAAGAGAGGAGAGGGUGAGGAGGCGGCCAUUUUGAACUCAUUCCUUGAAGAAGGUUUCGAUAAGGAAGACAUGGACAUGAUGAGAUCGGCUUACGUCAAAUUAAAAAGAAUUUACUCGGAACUUAUCAGCGAUGUCUCGUGGUCUUAUUAUCCUCACAAUGUUGUUGAGAAUAAUGUCACACAUUCGAGUGGUUGUGCCAGAAGCGAAGGUUACUACAAAAUUGAUCCGUCAGAUAAAAGUCGAUACUUACAUCAUCUACGGCGCAGUAAAGCCUCUGAAGACAAAGAUAAAAACUCUGCUCCACCUCCUACUUCCAGUGGGCGUGGCAACAGAUUGAACCAUCGUCGUGUUGCGUCACUCUUCACUUCUGGAGACGUCUCAAGAGAAUUACAGCAAUACAAUCAACUGAAGGCUCGUAAGAAGCAACUGACAUUUGCUAAAUCCACCAUUCACAACUGGGGCCUCUUCGCAUUGGAAACUAUACCAGCGGACGAGAUGGUUGUGGAGUACAUCGGUCAAGUGGUGAGACAUGGGAUAGCAGACGAGAGGGAGCGACGGUACGAGGCUCAAGGGAUCGGGAGCAGUUACUUGUUUCGUGUCGAUUACGAUCACGUCAUUGAUGCAACUAAGAGCGGGAACUUUGCCAGAUUCAUAAAUCACUGCUGCGAUCCAAACUGCUAUGCUAAGAUCAUCACAGUCGGGAACCAGAAAAAGAUUGUCAUUUAUUCCAAACGUGACAUUCGAGCAGGAGAAGAAAUAACGUACGACUACAAGUUCCCCAUUGAAGAUGAGAAGAUCCCGUGCUUAUGUGGAGCCCCGCAGUGUCGUGGUACUCUCAAUUAGUCGCUUAAAGCCACUCCCAUUUACUAUAUCGUUACUUGUCAAUAAACUCUGUUUCUCUUUUUGUGUUUUAAAUUUAAAAAUUCUAUUUUGUGUAAUUUUUUUU